UGUGUGGCAACAGCUAAACGCGGAGUCAGGUUUCUCAGAGCCCCGGCUAUAUUUAACCUACUGAUCUAACACCAGGCAGAGAGUUUAAAUGGCACCACGGCAGUUGGUGCGAAGCAGUUGUCGUCCACAGAUCUUCUUCGGCACGAGCUCAGCUCAGGGGAAGGGAUUUGCACACAUACACCCACGCGAGGACCGUAAAGGACCUAUAGCUCAUCCAGAGCGGAGAGAACCAAGCUAGCGGACACCGUAUGAAAGACAUGGAGCUUUUUGAGACCAACCCCUACUUUUUCGCAGACCAGCGCUUUUACGAAAGCAGCGAUAACUUUUUCCCCUCCAGGUUGUCUGGAGGUUUCGACCAAGCUGGAUAUCAGGACAGAAGCUCUAUGAUGGGGCUGUGCGGUGACGGGAGGUUGCUGUCAGCUGGGGUCGGCUUGGAGGACAAACCAUCUCCAACUCCCAGUUUGGGUCUCUCCAUGUCGCCGCAUCAGGAGCAACAGCACUGCCCGGGUCAGUGCUUGCCAUGGGCCUGCAAGGUGUGCAAGCGCAAAACAGUGACGAUGGAUCGUCGGAAAGCCGCCACUAUGAGGGAGAAGAGGAGGUUGAAGAAGGUGAACGAGGCUUUUGAGGCUCUCAAGAGAAGCACGCUAUUGAAUCCCAACCAAAGGCUGCCUAAGGUGGAGAUCCUGCGCAGUGCCAUCCAGUACAUCGAGAGACUUCAGGCUCUGGUUAGCUCUCUCAACCAGCAGGAACACGAACAGGGCAACCUGCAUUACAGAGCCACGGCUCCACAGCGGGUGUCCUCCAGCAGCGAGCAGGGGUCUGGCAGCACCUGCUGUAGCAGUCCAGAGUGGAGCAGUGCGUCCGAACUCUGCGCUCCAGCAUACAGCUCUGCGCAUGAUGAUCUCUUGAACGACGACGCAGAACAGACCAACCUGAGGUCUCUGACAUCUAUUGUGGACAGCAUUACAGGAACAGAGACCACUGCAGUCCCCUAUUCAGUGGACAUUAGCAAAUAAAUCAGGUGUUUAGAGCACCUAUCCAUCGCACUAUCCAUCUAUUACACCCGAGGUGAAUGAAGAACCACUUUAAAGUCAUAAAACCUUGGGGUGUAUUUUUCCAGACAAAAUGAUGAGGUCCAUAUGAUAAUAUUUCCAAGUGCUUCAAUCUCUGAUGGAAUGAGAAUUUCGGAGGAAACUUAAGAGAUGCAAGCAGAUUCAUAUUUUCGUAUUUCCUGAUUCCUUUAUUUUUUCAUUUUAUUUGUGUGUGCUGUAUGCUUACCAACAGACAUCCAAUUUGUGGGUCCAAUGCAUUAACUCCAUGGUUUUGACCAAUUUAUGCUUAAUUUAAACUAGUUCUGAAUGCCAGUUGUGUAAAUAUGUUCCUAUUUUCUACAGAGUGGUUUUCUUAUUUUAUUUUCUAUUUUUGUGUGUGUUAUAAUAAUAAUUUAUUUGGACUUUUAUAAUAAAGAUUGUUGUGUAUUUGUAAAUAUUUGCAUUAAAUCAUCGUCUUUGUCCUAAAAUAACUUAACAGGAAAAAAACAACCAACAAAAAGUUUAACAGAAAAGAAAACAAGCACUAAAAUACAAUCCAUGAACUGAUUUAUAAUACAUAAGGUACAUAUUUAUUUUAUAUGUUCAUAUAUGAUAAUUUAUUCGUGACAGUUUUUUACAUUUAAAGUGAAAAAUCAAAACUCAACAGGGUGAUUCUCGCAAAAUUAGACUUAUGAGGUGUCAUGAAACAUUUUGAUAAAAAAGUAAAUGCUAUCAAAAAAAAAAGCAUACAGUUACAAACAUCUCUUAAUGUACUAUUUUGCACAUGAUUUCAUAUGACAUCAUACAAACCAAUUUUGUUGUUUUUCCAAAUUUAAGGGGAAAAUCCAUUACCGCAACGUGUCCAUGACUGGUUUUGGGUUCUUUGACAUGGAAAUAUUUAUAAUUAAAAAAUCUAAAAAAUAAAAGGCUUCAGUGCAUGUUAUACUAUAAACAUUUACAGUAAAGAAACAUGUGGUAUUUGGUGAUCAUUGGUAAAUGUAAAGACAAUAAUAAGGAAUAUAAAUGUGUCCAAGACCAAUUUUCUCAUCCUCCGCAACAAUUUUCAAUCAUUGUUUAAGCCCUCAAGGAACUAACAUUUUCAAAAAAAAAAAAAAAAAGAA